AUGCUCCAUUCCCGUCUACGGCCCCUCUCCCGCCGCCACCAACCCACCAACACGCCCGCCCCAGCACCAGAAUUCCAAAAUCAAGAUGCCAGCGACUCGGACGAGGCCCCCGAAGACCUCUUCGGUGCAUUCCUCCCCCACCUCUUCCCGGACGAUGUACAUUCCUUCCACGGCGAUCCAGGCCAACACCUCCUCUACAGUUCCCCGCGCUAUGGCGAUCUCAAUAUCAUGGUCCCCAGCUACCCAGGCUCAAGCCAGAACCGCUCCGGGGAAACCACAGUUCCAGCAAAGACAGAUGGCUCGGUGAACCAAGUCAACGAGGAACGCAAGCUCUUCGCGCAUUUCCUCUGGAGCGCGGGGAUGGUCGUCGCAGAGGGCGUCGAGGAAGCGGACACACCCGCAGCACCGGGCAAAACAGAAACAGAAGCCCAGAAAGAAAGCCGGGAAUUGUGGAGUAUCAAAGGCGAGAGUGUGCUCGAAUUGGGUGCUGGCGCCGCCCUCCCAUCCAUAAUCUGCGCGCUAGCCAACGCCUCCACAGUAACAGCAACGGACCACCCGUCCUCACCCGCGCUCAGCGGCGCAAUCGCCUUCAACUUCGCGCACAAUCUCUCGAAGCGACCCGUCACGCGGAAAGUAUCAUUGCACCCGCACGAAUGGGGCGUAUUAGACGACGCCUUCUCGGCGGAAAACAAAGGCGCCUUUACGCGCAUCGUCGCGGCGGAUUGUUUCUGGAUGCGCUCGCAGCAUGAGAACCUGUCGCGCACGAUGGAGUGGUUCCUUGCGCCGGGUGGGAAGGUGUGGGUUGUUGCGGGGUUCCAUACGGGGCGGGCGAUUGUCGCUGCGUUUUUGGAGACGGUUGUUGAGGAUGGGUUUGUUGUUGAGAGGAUUUAUGAGAGGGAUUUGGUGGCGAGGGCGGAGGGUGGGGGGGAGGUGAGGAGGGAGUGGAGGCCUGUUAGGGAUGGGGAGAAUGUGGAGAAUCAGAAGAGGUGGUGUGUUGUUGCUGUUUUGAAGAGGGGGUAG